GUGAAACCCUAAAUCAAAGUCCUCCGGUUCUUCUCCGACCACAGCGGCAACCAACAACAACCUUCUGUUCUUCUUAUUCUACCUGCUUCCAUUUUCAUGGGGUGAAGCAAAUGGUAGUGGCUACCCUUGUGAAAUCUGGUAUGAAUAAUCUUUCGGCUGAUGUUAUUGAGAGUAUAAUAACAAGAGCACAUAAUGAAAUUGUUGAGUUUUUGAGUGAUAAGAAGAGGCCCUUGAAGACUUAGAGGUUUGAAAAUGAAUUCAGAAGCCUUGCAGGUAGCUAAGACCUAUCGCCAGCUUCUCAAAGCUGUAAAGAAACAUAUUGGAAAGGAAGAGAGCAAGAAGCAUUUUGUGGACUAUGUGGCUCAAAAGUUGAGGAAUAAAUCCAUACUUUCAAAACCCCACUUUGUUCAACAGGAAAUCAAACUUGCUCGGGAUUACACAUUUCUACUUAACAGUAUGCACCAUCAAAAGGACUUGCUGUUCUCGUACAACAUUGCUGUUGAUCGUUCAGAUGAAAUGAAGCGAAUAUUGGGGAAGUCUGCAGCAAGUGUGGGGCUUUCACUUCCUGAGGUUUAUCAAACCUGAUGCCCUGUGGUUGUUUGAUUAAGAAGAAGCACUUUUUUCCCCUAUCAAAGAAGAAUAAGCACUUCGAUGAGCUGCCAACUUGCCAGCAGACUUACAUAUUGUUGAUUUCUUCUACCUUUUGAUGCAUCAAUUCUAUGCGCAUGGAAAGAAAUGAAGGCUUAUUGGACACUUUUAUCAAAAGGUGAGAUAUUUCCUUUUAUUAGUACUCCCGAGGGUGAAUUGAAGCAUUCUGGUGUGAUGUUUGUUUCAUUUCCAAUUAAUAUAAACUUUAAUAAUGUGAUAAGGAGCUGCUGAGUUUUGAUGGAAAGCACUUUUACUUUACUUUAUUACCAUUGUCCAGAAAUAAAUGUUACAUCUUGAAAGACAUUGAGUAUCAGUAUGGAGGUUUUUAA